AUGCUCAUCGAAGAAGGAAUCGUUAGGGACAAUAUGAUAAAAUUGGAAACGAAAUUUAAACGAUCCAUGUUUGGCGACGGUCGACUAUUCAGAGAGGCGAAGCGCAUGUUCCUAUUGGUCAGGCCAGAUGUUCUGGAAGAGCGAGUUAUUGUUACUGACGCUUACGGUGUGACGAAGAAGUGGCUCAAAAGAUUCAAACGAACAUUCAAUUAUUUGGACGAACUGGUACGUGACACGGAUGUCAAUGAAAAACUCUGA